AUGAUUGAUAACGCAAGAUUAUGUAGUAAACAUUUUAUUUCAGAAUCUCAGACUGAUGAUGUUAAUUCUGUUGCUGAGCUACAUUCUAAAGUCAAAACUUUGAGUAAAAAUAAUGUUGAAUUAAAGAUUACAAUAAACAAAGCUAUACCAUCAUCUGUUUCUCAAUAUAUUUUGUUUGAAAAACUAAAAGAUGAUAAUUCACUUUUAUCUUUUUAUACUGGCUUUAGAUUUGGUUUUUCUGAGCCAACAGUCACUAGAAUAUAUAGAUCUUGGCUUCCAAUUAUUACUGAAAAUGUUAAGUUUUUAAUUGUUUGGCCAGAAAAGCAUGUUUUGCGAAGAAAUUUGCCAACAAGUUUUCGCAAAAAGUUCUAUAAUUGUGUUGCAAUAAUUGAUUGCAUGGAAAUACUCAUUGAAAGACCUUUUAGUCUUCAUGCUCGAGCUCAAACUUGGUCAAAUUAUAAAAACAACAACACAAUUAAAUAUCUCAUUGGUAUAACUCCAUCAGGUGGUGUAAGUUUUUUAUCCCCUGGAUGGGGUGGUAGAGUUUCAGAUAAAGAAAUUUCAAUUAAAUCUGGAUUUUUAGAAAAAAUAACCCAUGGAGAUUGUGUACUUGCUGAUAGAGGGUUUACACUUGUUGAUGAAUUUGCUACAAAAAGAGGGAUUUUAAAAAUACCAAAGUUUACCAAAGGAAAAAAGCAGAUGUUUUCUGCUGUAGUUGAUGAAUCACGUCAAAUUGCACAUGUAAGAAUCCAUGUUGAAAGGGUAAUUGGACGGUUAAGAAAAUUUCGAAUUCUUCAGAACAUUAUCUCAUUAACUCAAGUUGAUUUACUUGAUGAUGUUAUGGUAAUAAUAACUUCAUUAGUAAAUAUUAACAGUAGUGUUGUUCCUCCAAGCUCAUAGGAGUGAAAAAACUUUUUAUUUUAACUUUAUUUUGUAUUAUCUUACAUUUGGAUUGUCUCAAGUACUCUCGAAUCUAAUAAAAGUAGGGGGUGAGAAUUUAUACUAAAAGUUUUAUUAUUUAUUAGUUACU